GCACGUAGACGUAACUAUGGAGACGAGCCGCCGUCAGCUGCAUGCUGCAUGGGCAGCAGUGGAAGUCACCGAAAGUCUUCUCUCCUUAUAAUUAAUAUGCCGAUAACAGCAAAGAAGCAGGCGAGGUGGUGGCUUCUGUUGUGUCGGAGUUCCAUUUCGGGCACCCUGAGAUAGGGGAAAAAAUUAGCAAAGGGCCGUGCAUUCCAGCUGCACUAGCACUCCCAUGAUUCAGAUGCAGCCAAUCCAAUCCAAGUUACUUCCGUGUUGCUGUUUGGCGUUUGAUUACCGUCUGUCUGUGUAACCCGUUACCUGCCUGAACUACUCCGCUUGCUCACAUAAAUAGACAAACUCGCUUCGUCGAGAGAGUAUAGGUCAUCCAGCUGUUUCAACAUCCACGCGCCUGAAUGAAGGCAUGUAACUCUGUAUAGCUUUUCUUUCAGCGUUGUUGCAUUAUGCAUAGCGCAGUGUUCCUGCUUUUCCUGGCUGCUGCUGCUGCUACAGCCUGUCUGUGUAUAGCGCAAGACAAGUUUGCAUAUCUUCUGUUCAGUCAGCAAUGGUCCACAGGCUACUGCAGAAGUGCUUUCCAAGACAGGUGCCUCAAGCAGAAUAUGAGAAGGUUCUGGACGAUACAUGGGCUUUGGCCGUCGAGCAACACAUCGUCGCCGGAUUUCUGCAACAGAACCCUGCGCUACAAUGCUACAGUGUUGAAGCCGUUGUUCAAACAACUUCAACUGUAUUGGCCAUCGUACACGACGAACAAUUCGAACCUCUUUUGGAAGCACGAAUGGCAGAAACAUGGGACCUGUGCAACGUCUGUCUCUCAACUGGACGGGCUGUACAACUUUUUUAACACGACCCUGCUCUUGUACAAACAGCAUAACCUCACUGACUACCUCUACAACAGUGGUAUUGUUCCAUCGGAGGAUAAAACGUACAGUGUGGCAGAAAUUGAGGAAGCUCUGACAGAUGAUCUCAAAGGGGCAACUAACCUGGUUUGCUACCGCACUAAGAAUCUCACGGCUCCAGUUCUGUCAGAGAUCAGGUUGUGCUUGGACAAAGAGCUGAAGGCAAUCAACUGCACCACACGACACUCGGGCUGUGGGAGGAAGGACAUCUACUACCUUCCCUUCAACUCGGGCAACGCAAGCAUGGCUGCAGGGCAGAGCAGAGCCUGGCACUUCUUUUCAUACACAGUCCUAUUUGCGUUCAUUACACCGUAUUGCUUUAGGCAUUUUUCGUGACUAUGAGGAAAGGUAAGCUGGGGAUAACGAAUUUGCUGCAUGUGGAUCUCGUGCAGCUGCAUCACGAUUCGCAAGUUUUAGUACCUGGGAACAGGUAAAUACAGAGCGAAGGAAAAUACGAAGGGAACGUAGUACCGGAAGACGCCUAAAUUUCAGGCUGCAUCUUGUUAAGCUGUAAGAUGAUGAAGCAGUCCUAAAACAUGUAUCUCCUCCUCAGUUUUAAUCUGCAAGCUUUCUAAAAAUCAAACCUGGAAUUGUGUGGGUGGGGAAAGGUUUUUUUUGUCAUUCAUGUUCAGUUGCAUACAUGUAUUUUUGGAUAUCAGUUGUGUUCCUAAAAGAUGCCUCAGUCUAGUUUCAACCUUAGUGCCGCAAAUGAUGAUCUGCGUUGUGCAUAAAUCGUAUAGUGUUUAGAAAUGCGGCCUGCGCUGGAUGCAGCAGCAACUGCAGGUGUAUCAAGGCAGCAGAAUGGCUAAAGAGUAACUCCAUAUCCGUGAGACGCUUGUCGUAGGUAAUGCAAGCCGAGUCAGCUAAUUUUAGCCCUGUAGACGUGGUCGUUGAUUGUGUACACGCUUGUGAUGGAGUGGAUAACCUGUGACAUAGCAGCCACUUGGUAACUCAAAGUAUUUAUGCCGUCCUGGGAAUGAACUUGAAAGGAAGUUCCUUUAUCGUGAAAAGUACCGAGUGAGAAAAAGUUGAUAGUAGCACAUAUACAGGGUGUCCAAGCUAACGAGCACUGGGGUCUAAAAAAAAACACUGUGCGUCAUAAGCUAAUGAAAACUGCAGAAUAUUGUGAGGAGUCGUGUGUUCUACCUGUCCGUAUUUUUUUCAUGGUGGCCGAUUAAUUAAUUAGGCACAAUUAAUUGGCUAACUUUCUAAUUAUUCGUCUUAGGGGAGAUAUGUGAAUUGUAAAGUUGUAGAGCGUGUCGAGAAAUGCCCAUCGCAAUUGUUUCCCACAGCGUAUGCCUUGCACAGAGCUUUUUUUUUUUUUUUUUCUUGGUAAGUAAAUCCGUACAUAUAUCCGUACAUAUAAAUCUGUAAAUACACUUUCGGUAAAUUCGAAAGUGCGACACGAGGCAAGCGCGUCAGUUUCAGAGCUCUCAAGUGUACAGGAGAACUCUCUCUAUAUAUCCAUUAUCUGCUGAGAAGCGGCCUUUAGAUGCUCUAAAGACACAAGUUCUGAGUUCUAAACGACAAAGACUGGCAUAGGCACUGGAGCACUUGCAAGAUGCUUGGAAUGCAGGAUGGACUAUAAGAAUUGAAAAUUUUGGCCAUUUGGCGAUUUUAUUUUUAAGCAUUGCAGGGGGUGUGAAUGGUGAAUAUACAGGGUGUUUCACUAAAUGCGAUAAAAAAAUCGUAUUAAAAAAUCUAUUCGUCUGAACAUUAUUGGGUUGACCCUAUUUAUCUGGGGGGGGGGGGAUAUUUUGCCAUUACUUCUGAGCGCUUUUAUGGAAUAUCACUCGUGAGGAAUUGAAUUUCUCCAAUUGAUCUGUAAAAUUUGCAAAGUGAACCUCACGUUUGUUUACGGAAACAAAGUGCAUUUCGAAUUUGCCCCAUUGCAGUGAAAAGUACGUUAUCUACUACAUUGAUAAUAGCUGGAAAAACAUUGCAAACAAUGUCAUUUUGAGGCGCGCAAAUUGUUCAGUUCCAAGCUCAGUUCUCAGUCGAGUUAGUGCAAGAUGUGGCGCAAGAAAAACUGUCACCCGCCCCUUCCUGUUUCCUUCUCGUUCUCAUUUCGGGUAACUCUGCAUUGCAACCAUGCUGACAAAAGUGAAAGCUCAGGUACACGGCCUCCUCACAUAAAGGUAUGAGCUCGGCUGGCAAUUUGUGCACCUCGAAAAGACUUUUUUUUUUUUUUUCUCUCAGCUAUUACCAUUGUAGUAGCGAAUGUACUGGAAUAGAAUGGGGCAAAUCCGUCAUGCACUUUCUGUUUCUGUAAACAAAAAAAGAUGCGUGAAGUUGACUUGGCAGGUUUCUGGAAAAAUUCGAUUUCUCACAAAUUAAAUCUGAUAAAAGUACUCAGAAGUCAUGGCAAAAUCUACCCAGAGAUAAAUAGAGUUGACCCCAUAAUGUUCAGACAAGCAGAUUUUUUUUUUAAUAUGGUUUUUUAUCACGCUUGGUGAAACACCCUGUGUAGCUGCAGUCUGUUUCCCUGAAAACAGAUUCUUGUUUACAGGGAAUAUUUCUGCACACAUUAUUAUUUUUUUUAUUUAUUUGUUUCCACCAGGUGAUGGGUGGACCCGGGCUAAAAGCUCAUAACAGAUGUUCACUGUUCUGGCAGGGAACUCUGUUGUCACGUAACAUUUACCCCUGGAAGUUUUUUUUCACCAAUGUCAUAAGCCACCAAAGCCCACAAGAACCCAAAACUACUGUUUUGACGAUUGCUGAGAAAAUGUUAUAAAAGUUAUCUGCAAUGUCACGGGUGCACUUCCUGCAAACUCAACAAUGCUCUCUGCAUGUAUGUCAGCCAGUCAAGUGUGCUUUUUAUCUUGCCACUGUAAAUUUGCAUGGUCCAUAUGUAUGUGGCCCCAACCAUUGUGCAGGGUUUCUGUAUUAGAUGAUGCAAGAUUGCCUUGUGGUACACAAGGAGUCGAACGAAGGCUUGGCUUUGCGGUGUAACGUUUCUUCAUUUGAUUGGUGUUGGUAGCUUAAAGGGGCAUGGAAGGACUUGAGGAUAAAUAUGUAAGGAGUAGAAAUUAGGAUUGCAAGCCCUGGGACACAUAUUUGCACAAACAGUAUAGCUGCAUUCUUUUCACCUGUACUCCUUGUGCCCUGUCUAAGAGGGCAGUACCUUUGCAUUCUUUUUUUUUGGAAAGUGUAAUUUACACCUCUGCACCGUUGGUAGAGUAGGUGCAAGGGUGCAGGGCCGGACCAGCGGACGACACACACACAGCAACGUGGAGGUGAAAAGCGCACGCAUGCGAUGUGUUGAUGAAAAUGGAAAGCCGUUGUCGAUGAUGAUCAGGGGCUGUUACAAGUAUAUUGUACCGUAUCGCAAAACCAUUAAAGCGGCACUGAUCUUGAUGUGAUCCCAAUAAUCGAAUCGAACACGUCCGAAUAAUCGGUCGGCGACUGUAUUUGGUUAGUGUGGUGAGGUGUGGUGCGAUGCUUUCAUAGUGCGCAGCAGAACCUGUAUCCGCCAGCGGCAUGGCCGAGCGGGUUGAGGCGUCACCCUCGGUGGUGGUAGCUAAGGUCAUGUUGAAGAUUGGGAGGUGGUGAUAUCGAAUCCUACCACCAGCUCUGGUGUAUGAGGUUUUCCAUGGGUUUUCCAUCCGACGUUUUCCCAAGGGGAACUGUGCAGACAUCAGUGUUGAUACAGUUCCCCUUGAAGAACAAGAACACAUUUUAAAUAUGAGAGGGGGUGUUCUUCUGUGGGUGCGGUGUUUAAAGUGUGGUCUCGUCACCAAACCCUAGUCCCGUUGAAGGUAGCGCCGACUGCCGAAACAUCGACCCACAUCACUAUAAAUUGUGCAUAUGUAUAUUCGAGUUGCCUUCCAUGCUCUUUAAAAAAGGACGGCCUCGUGGACGAUGAGGUACUCGGAAUGCAGGUGAUUCAAUUCUCCGUCAUUGACACAACAACAGUGUGAAUUCUCUUGUCCCCAGAGGACUUGAGUUGCCUGCUCUGUGCGAGACCGUCCCCUUAAGUACAGAAGUGAUGCUAUGUUACUCAUAGCAUUGCAAGGUCUGUGGCAAGCACUACUGAUGGCCCCAUAACAUUCCACAUAUUUUUUUCAGCGCAGUGGUAACCAUUGAAAUUGUAAUUAUAUUUAUUAUCAUAUGGGAAACUGAAGGAUUACCUGCAACAAUGAGAAACUAUAAAAUGCUUUCUAUAAAAUGUGAUAUUUCUGUUAAUAUCUUGUGCUACAUUGUACUGACUUUAUUUAUUUGAGAUGUCUCUGAAGGAUUCAAAUGUAUUUAUAUGUGCUUUUAUGUAUUUCAUCAUCGAAGAAAUUUACAGAACACAUCUUGUGUCAUAUAAGUGUUUGCAACAGACCGGAGCAGUAACCUCAUGUACAGUCAGUGAUUCAGUCGGAAAUGCAUGGUUGCUGAAGCACUAGCAGGAUCCAAAAUCGUUCAUGUCAUCAAUCUUAAGUGGUGGUUGUCAUUCUCAAGCGUAGCAAUCACACCCAUUCUUAAGUCAUGUUGCAGUGUGGAAAAUCGGAAAUUACCAGUGGGCAAUCAAGUACCUCUUUAAGUGAUACGACAAUAACAAAGCAUUUCUCGGAUUAUCUGUUAUCACCUUAUCUUCAUGUUCAUAAAACAGUGUCCCUUGCAGGAGCUCUGCCAUACAUUCUCGUUGUUCGUAGCAUGUUAUUGCCGACUGCAUACACAUGCAAUGAGAUGCAUCAGCCUUAUCGCCCAAUGUGUAUACUGUACUAGCAUUGUGGACAUUGCUGCAAGGCUGUCUGCCAGCCUCUAUAAAGUGCCUGUCUGAGUGUGCAGAUGUGACCUAUUUCAAUGCAAGUGGUAAACAGAGUAAUACAAUAAAAAUUUCUACUUACCAA